AUGCCAAAUCGGAACAAAUUUAAUUACACGGAUUUUUUGAAGCGAUUUUUGGCGGAGGAUGAGGUGAAUUAUACGGAAGAAGAGAUAAUGCUCUUCGAUGUCGUAACAAAAGUCUGCUUUCAACGCAUAAUUAAGUCAAUGCAGAAGCUUUUUGAACGCGCCGAUGACAUCCCCAUCUACAACAGCUCGGAUUUGUUAGAAAUUAUGGACGAAUAUUUCCUUCCGUCGACUUUAAAAUUAUUUUUCUGCAGCGGAGUCUUACCCGAAGCGAUCAACUGGGACUGCAACUUUCGUUUUACGCGAAUUUGGCUGAAAGAAGGUCUCUGUUACUCCUUUAAUCUUCUACCAAGAUCAGAAAUUUUCCGUGAAGGCGUCGAAUUUCCAUUGGCAGACAAGCCGAACUUUGUAAUCCCUGAAGAUGAGCCUCGCAAAACACACGCAACGGAAUAUGUUGACGACAUUGGUGAACAAAAAGAGAUUUAUCGCGUGAAAAGUCGUCGCGACAGACUUCAUGUUCGAACAAGAGCUUAUGAAGAUUUUACCGAUCCAACUUGCGAUCCGGAUUUUCUCGUUUUUAUUCAUAAUCCUUACGAAAUUCCGUGGGAUCGACAAACGAACGGACAUUUAAUCGAAGUGGAUGAAUUUGUAAAAAAUGUCUUGACUGUGGAGCCGUAUGUCGUGCGAACUGAUGAAAAUUUGAAAAAUACUUUCACGCCCGAGGAGAGAGAUUGUUACUUCGAAGACGAAAGACCUUUAAAAUUUUUCAAAAGAUAUUCGCAGAGAAAUUGUGAGUUGGAAUGCGUCACAAAUAUCAGUCUUUUGCUCGAAACGUACAACUGCGUCGCUCAUUGGAUGCCCCGAACGCCCGAAAUGCCCUUGUGUCACUUCUCGAAAUACAUGCAGGGAUACUUUAAUGGCACCGAACCAACUGACGACCUGGAAAAUUGUGGAUGUCUCCCGGAUUGCAAUGGCGUUGAAUAUUCCGUGACGAUCCAAACGUCGCAUACUCCGUUUUUUUAUGACACUGCGAUCACACGGGACGACGCCAUGCAAUACCAAUCGGAUUUUUUCGCGGAACAAUGGAUGACCAUCUAUCUAGUAAAGCUGUUUAUGGGACUAAAUAGAGAUUAUGACUUUGAAAUUCCUCUCACAGAUGCGCUUAAAGUUUGGAAUCACACGUUGGAGUUCGACGCUUGGAAAUGGAAAUUCUCGGAAAUUGAAGUUCAUUAUGAAAGUUCGGAAUUUUUGGCGAUGCGACGACACUUGGCGUACUCAUUUGCGGAUUUUGUGUCGCAAAUUGGGGGCAUUUUUGGAUGUUUUUUGGGAUGUUCGAUUUUUAGCAUCAUUGAGAUUGUCUAUUUUUGCACAGUGAAGAUGAUGAAGGGAGUUAAAGCGCAAAAUAAGAGAAAAAGGAGGAGGCAGACACGAAAUUCGAUCAUAAAUAUUAAACCGAAAUUGAAUCUGAAUUUGCAAAAAUAUUAA